GAGGAGCCACGGCCGCGUCCCCGCUCCGAGGGCGGUGGCCCGGGAACCUGGCUGGCGCAUGCCUGUCUCCGGCCGGACCGUGAGGCGGGCUUGCGGCUGCAGCACGCGGCGGUGGAGGGCCCGGGCAGCCGGAGAGCGGCCGGGCGCCCCGCGGGGACGCUGGACAGCCCGGGUUUGGCCCAGGGUGCUGCUGCCCCGCCGCCGCCGCCGCCGGCGGGCAUCAUGGCAUCGCUGGCCGACCGGGUCCGGGGCAACGGGCGCAUCGCCGCGGGGCUCCUGUUCAACUUGCUGGUGUCCAUCUGCAUCGUGUUCCUCAACAAAUGGAUCUACGUACACCACGGCUUCCCCAAUAUGAGCCUGACCCUGGUGCACUUCGUGGUCACCUGGCUGGGCUUAUACAUCUGCCAGAAACUGGACAUCUUUGCCCCCAAAAGUCUGCCGCUCUCCAAGCUCCUCCUCCUGGCCCUCAGCUUCUGUGGCUUUGUGGUCUUCACCAACCUCUCUCUACAGAACAACACCAUAGGCACCUAUCAGCUGGCCAAGGCUAUGACCACGCCGGUGAUCAUAGCCAUCCAGACUUUCUGGUACCAAAAGAGCUUCUCCGUCAGAAUACAGCUCACGCUGAUCCCUAUAACUGUAGGUGUCAUCCUAAAUUCUUAUUACGAUGUGAAGUUUCAUUCCCUUGGAUUGGUGUUCGCUGCUCUUGGUGUGUUAGUUACAUCCCUUUAUCAAGUGUGGGUGGGAGCCAAGCAGCACGAACUGCAAGUGAAUUCCAUGCAGCUGCUGUACUACCAGGCUCCCAUGUCCUCCGCCAUGCUGCUGGUGGCCGUGCCCUUCUUUGAGCCCGUGUUCGGAGAGGGAGGAAUAUUUGGCCCCUGGUCAGUUUCUGCUCUGCUUAUGGUACUGCUGUCUGGAAUAAUUGCUUUCAUGGUGAACUUAUCGAUUUAUUGGAUCAUUGGGAACACAUCGCCGGUCACCUACAACAUGUUCGGACACUUCAAGUUCUGCAUCACCCUGUGCGGAGGCUACGUUUUAUUCAAGGAUCCGCUGUCGUUCAACCAGGGCCUCGGCAUCUUAUGCACGCUGUGUGGCAUCCUUGCCUAUACCCACUUUAAACUCAGCGAACAGGAAGGAAGUAAGAGCAAGCUGGUCCAGCGGCCCUGAGCCUCGGCGGAGAAAAGAGCGCUGCACCAAAAAGCUGGGAAAUGUAUAAGUCCCUGGAGAGGCCACCGUGCAGAGUCCACUCAGUGACUUACGGGAAGUAUUUUCUUCACAAAUAUGACUGUUUUUAGUACCUUUCAUCGACUUAAUUUUCUAAAACCAAAAUGGUUGGAGCUUCUCUUCAAAGACUUUAGGAAGCUAGAGCGGUCACUCAGUGGUAGAGUGCCUGCCUAGCAUGCGUAAGGUCCCCGGGCUCAAACUCCAGCCCCUUCAAAGAAACGAUACAUACUACAUCUGAGAUGGUUUCAUUCUACCAACCAAAAUAUAGGAAGGUCCGGGCCCAUAGGAAGGACAAAGGGCUGCCACUCAGUGCUGCAGGCGUGCCCCGGCUUGGUGGCCACGCUGUCCCCAGGAAGGGCACACAGGACUCCUGCCCACUCAUCCCUGGUUCCCCCUGUGAGGUUUAUUAUGUGUUAGUCAGUGUAUGCAGUGCAGGAGACUGACCCCAGAGUCUAGCACUUGCCAGACACCACCACUGAGCGACACCCACAGACCUGGAGUCUGGGUUUAAAUACAAAGAGUGGUUUAUGUUAGCUUCUUUAUCAUUUGGGCAGAGUGAUAGUUGUUCCGAGACAGGAUCUCACAAUGUAAGCCCUGGCCGGUCUGGAAUUCUCUACGUAGACCAAACUGGCUUUGAACUCAGAGAUCUGCUUGCCCCGCCACCACACCUGGCCUUCGGAGUCUUUUAUUAUUUCAUUGUAGAAUUGUAGAAUUGAAAUAUUUAUAGGAAGCAAACUGCCAUAGACGCGAUCAUAAAACAAACCACAGCUCUGAACGUAGAAACUUGAUAAAAGCAGCUCCUCGCUGUCAGACAGGACAGGGCUGGUGCGCCUCCGAUCCCUGGUGUCUGCAAAACUGGGGCAGGACUGCGUGAGGCAGGGCCAGCUCAAGGACAGACUCUGCCCGUGCUCCGGUGAGUGUCUGCGGUUCUAAGUAACUGGUGUCGUAGGAAUGGCGGUCUCGUUGGUCCUCUCGUGGUGGCUCUGAGCUUUCAGUGGGCUCUAGCUACUGUAUAUGGAGUUAAAAAAAAAAACAAAAACCAAACCCCACGAUGAAUGACUCAAAGAGAAGCCUGUAGGGCCAGCGGGUAUAGUCCAGUAGUGGGGUACCUGCCUGGUACGCUGAGGCACUGGUUACAGUCUCCCAGCAACAACAAAAGCAGACUCUACCUGGAACGGGCAGGUCUCUCUUUACCCCGGCAACUGCCUUCCCAGCUUGCUCGACCAUUUCACGUCACCGAUUUCUAAUGGCCUCCCUCGCAGCUCGCCCUGCCUGCCUUCCACGUGAGGGAGCGUCUUACGGCAUUGGGAACUGGGUUGAAUCAUGCCUCUGUUCCCAUGAAGAAAGCUAGAGCAAAGGCUCCCCAAAUCCUUAGGAUGAGCCUCGGUGAAAAGUGAGGAAGGAGUGAAA